UGACGUCACUCUCAUUUCGAGGUUAUGUGUUUGUGUGUUGUGAAAAUUUAGUUUCAAGCUGAGGUUUUAACGGUUUUCAGCAGAGACAACUUCUUAUCGCUGGUUUUUAGUUUAUUUUUCCACCGAAAUAAUGUCGGACGCAUGGGAGGAAAUUCAGGCGGUGCAACGGAAGCGCAACAGCCUCAGGGAGCGACUGGAAAAGCGCAAAAAGGAGCGCCGAGACAUUCUGGGGUCCAGCUUGCAUAGCUGCAACAGCUCAGACUUGGCGAGUUCUACCUCUGCACCCGGGCUUUCAAAGGAGGAGGUGAAGCCAAAAAACGAGGACGGCUUUGAGGCCCAAUUGCUGAAAGUCGACCCCGAGCUGGAAAAAGAGCUGCUCAGGCACCUGGCGGAUGUUACACUACAACUACCGAUGUGUUCGUUCGAUUUAGUCGCCACCCUCAAGACCAGCGCCUCACAUAAACAAGUCAGCAAUUUGCUGCAGAAAUUCGCCACUCAGAAGCUGAUUCUAGUGAAAGACACCGUUAGAGAUGGAGUGAACACGCUCGAUGUAGCCUCAGUUGAAGUUUCAAAGGUCAAUGCGAUGAUUGCCGAGCUAUUUGAUGAACAACAGCCCAACGUGGGGGGAACAGCCAAGCGGAAAAGGGAGGAAGCCGAAGCUGUGGAGAGUCUGGAGGAGGAGAGACGCAAAAAAGAGAAGAAGGAACCAAAGACUGACAUUCUGUCGCUGCUGUCGAUGCCCUCCACUAAGGAGAAGGAAACCAAGAAGAUCGGCGAGGAGAUUUUGGUGCUGCUUAGUAAACCCACUGCCAAAGAACGAUCGCUGACCGAAAGAUUCAAGUCGCAAGGUGGUACACAGCUUAUGGAGUUCUGUCCACAUGGAACCAGGUUGGAUUGUGAAAAAAAUUCAAUCACCGAUUGCAAGAAGCUACACUUCAAGAAAAUAAUCCAAAAACACACGGAUGAGUCGUUGGGGGAUUGUUCUUUUCUCAAUACCUGCUUCCAUAUGGACACGUGUAAAUACGUGCAUUACGAAGUGGAUAGGGCAGCCCAAAUCCAUGGCAAUCAGUUGGUCAUUCCCAACCUACCAGCAGUUGGACGAGUGGAAAGCACCACACUGUAUCCACCGCAAUGGGUGCAAUGCGACCUGCGGUACCUGGAUAUGACCGUGUUAGGAAAAUUUGCAGUGAUAAUGGCUGAUCCGCCUUGGGACAUCCACAUGGAACUCCCAUAUGGAACAAUGUCCGACGAUGAAAUGAGACAACUGGGUAUACCGCAACUGCAAGACGAAGGACUGAUAUUCUUGUGGGUUACUGGACGAGCUAUGGAACUGGGCAGGGAGUGCCUCAAGUUGUGGGGCUACGAACGAGUGGAUGAAAUCAUCUGGGUCAAGACCAAUCAGUUGCAAAGAAUCAUCAGAACUGGUCGUACUGGACAUUGGUUGAACCAUGGCAAAGAGCAUUGCCUAGUGGGAAUGAAAGGUAACCCGAAGGACCUGAAUCGAGGCCUCGACUCGGACGUAAUCGUGGCAGAAGUGCGUGCAACCAGUCACAAGCCGGAUGAGAUCUACGGGAUGAUCGAAAG